GAUCCCUGUGGCUUUGCUUCAGCACGUCUCCUUCUCGAGGUCUCUCCUUGAGGACUGAGAGAAUUCACUUUCACUUACGUGAGCGCAAGGAGGACCCUCUUUGGAGUUUUCUCCUUUUCUUUUAUUGAUUUUGCUAGACAACAGAUGUCCCUGUAUUGAAGCCAGUCGAUCACCCUAGUGUCACCACCCUGCCUGCUGGCUGGGCAGGUUAACGCCUCAGGUCACCACCCUCUCCAGCCUACCUUGGGCUUGGAGAGUGAGGAGGAGGGCGAGGGACAUCUGCUGACCCUGAACAUCCGCUAUCCAUCAUACCAUCACCUACAGCAAGAUGGCCAGGCUCCUGAGGAUUGUCAGGAAGAAGGCUCUGCAGGUGGCUCCAGAGCCUGAGGGAAGCAGCUGCCAUCUUCCCAAGGGGCAGAGCAACCUCUCCGUCCCCACUGGCGGGGAAGCAAUCUUCUGGCGAACAAAACCAGCUCCCGGCGCAGGCGCCAAGUUGGGAGAGGCCCCGACUAGGCCCAGAUGGAGCUGGCUCAGGAUGCGGUUUCACAGACAGGACCCAGCCCAGGAGGGGCGCCGGGCAGGGAGGCUCUGGGGCUUGUUGUGUGGGCAGCAGCGGCCCCAGGAGCCCAGCCCUCCUUCCCAGCGGGAGGCAUCGCCCUGCCCGGCCACUGAGGAUCUUCCAGCCCCCUCAGGCCAGGAGGUGGACGAUCCCUGUCCCAGCACCAGCAGCUCAGCAUGGGACAGCAGCAGCGCCUGGGACUCUGGCAGCAGCAACACUGAUGGACGCUGCUGCUUUGUUCCAGGGACCCCCAGGGAUUCAGAGGAGGAGGAAUGGGUGGACAUGUCCACAGAUGAAGCUGCUCUCAAGGUCAUCAGAGAGCAGCUCCAGUGUAGAGAAAAGGCCAUCUACCCCACGUGUUUUGCUGCACAGGAGAGAGGGCACGACACGCUUGAGCCGUGCUGCUGCAAGGUGGCUGUGGAGGAGAGGAUUGUGGAGCUCCUUGAGGACCUUCCUAAAGACUCUCCACCCAGCGCCAUCCUCGCCAACUCCCUGGUUGCAGUGGGCAACCUCAGCACCAUGAAACCUGCCCUUGAGCCUGACCUAGAGACCCACCUCUUGCGAGCUGCCCUUCGCUCCGUCUUCACCCUGGGCAUGGAGAAGGACACCAACAUCCAGCUACGUCCUUCUCCUCCAUCCUCCUCCUCUUCCAGAGUGGUCCUUGGUCCCUGCUCCCUUGAUUCGCUGGAGCUCCAGAUUUAGGGGUGGGAGGCUGUUCCCCGAUGGACGUUCCAUGGAGCAACAGCAAUCCGAGCAGCAGUUGAAGGUUUCUGUGGAAUCAGCAAGGGAGCAAUCAUGUUCUCAGUGUGUCCUGGAGUCUCUGAAGUAGCACGAAGAUUU